AUGGGUUCCGUCCAAGGAUCUAGGGAUUGCAAUUACGAUGUUGUUAUCGUUGGUGCUGGUUUAUCCGGAAUCAAUGCUGCAUAUCGUAUUCAAACAGAACUUCCAGGCUUGACCUAUACUAUACUUGAGAAUCGCGGAGCAAUUGGCGGAACGUGGGAUCUAUUUCGAUAUCCUGGUAUCAGAUCCGAUUCAGAUUUACAUACAUUUGGAUUCCCAUGGCGACCAUGGUUGAGCUCUCAGACGAUCGCUGAUGGUGAAUCAAUCUGCAAAUAUUUUAAAGAAUCUGCCGAGGAAUAUGGUAUUGAUAAGAAGAUACAAUUCCACCACAAUGUUACGUCGGCAGAUUGGUCAACGGAACAACAACAAUGGACAUUGGCCGUAGAUGCUGGUGGAAGACGGAGCACUACUAUAAAAGGACGAUGGAUCAUUUGGAGUACAGGUUAUUAUGACUACAGCGAGCCUUUGAAAGUCGAAAUACCUGGACUAGACAACUUCAAAGGCAAGAGGAUACAUCCUCAAUUCUGGCCCCAAGAUCUCGAUUACACAGGCAAGAAAAUUGUCGUUAUUGGAAGUGGUGCUACGGCAAUUACCCUGAUACCAAAUCUGGCAGACAAGGCAGCCAAGGUAACAAUGCUACAACGAAGUCCUUCGUGGAUAGUAGGAGUUCCCGCACAAGAUUCCACCGGAACUUUCAUGCGCAAAUAUCUUCCAAACUGGAUGGCUAGUCAAUUGAUCCGCUGGAGAUUCCUCGUACUCCCAUUAUUAUUUUUCCACUUCUGUCGCCAGUUCCCCAGCACCGCUUGCAAACUCCUUCGAGCAAGAACCAAGAAGGAAAUUCCAUCAAACGUUCCCAUCGAUCCCAAUUUCAGCCCCAUAUAUAAUCCUUGGGAACAACGUUUAUGCGUCUGCCCAGACAGUGAUUUCUUCAAAUGUCUUCACUCGGGAAAAGCUGAUGUCGUAACUGAUACCAUUAAAACCGUCACAUCAUCCGGCAUUGACCUUGAAUCGGGGAAAAGCCUGGAUGCAGAUAUAAUCAUCACAGCCACCGGACUUAAAAUGCAACUUGCCGGCGGCGCCAAAGUGAGCAUCGACGGCGUUCCCUACGAAUAUUCUACCAAAUACAUGUGGAAAGGCAUGAUGCUUCAAGACAUGCCUAACGCAGUAACUGUCAUCGGUUACACCAACGCUUCAUGGACAUUGGGAGCCGAUACUACCGCGGGGGUAUUGGUUCGAUUGCUUAAACACAUGCGAGAGAAUCAUAUUGUCUCAGCUGUACCGAAAGUUCAUGGCGAGAAGAUGGUUUCUCAACCCAUAUUAAAUUUGAGUAGUACGUAUGUGGAGAAGGCAAAGGGAUAUUUGCCCAUGGCGGGUGGUAGAGGUCCAUGGAAACCAAGACAGAAUUAUCUUGUUGAUUAUUGGGUUGCGCAGUAUGGGAAUUACACGGAGGAAUUGGAGUUUACUGCUGCUGGGGGUGCAGGGUUUGAUAAGAGUCAAUGA